AUGACUUCAUUGAUAAGGAAACUAUUGCGGAUUUUGGGAGAGAAACUGCAAACUCCUCAUCGCUUCGGCACGUCUACAAGCACUCACAGGAUGAAGACAACUGCUUGCCUUGUUGCCAUUCUGCUCAUCUACAACUUCACACCGGCCUGUGGAAAAGUGCUCAAAGACAAGACAUCACGAACCAAGAGGCAAUGUAUUGGUAUUGUUUGCUGUAUUACUGGAGGCACUGGCUCUGCCGCCGACUGUGGCACUGGUGCGGCUGCUCCAUCUGCAGCAACGAUUUAUAAUGAUCAUCCUUACGAUUUCAAGUGUGACGCUCUAAGCAGUGACACUGGCCAGUAUCGCGAAUUGAAGCGCCAGUCUUGGAAAGCCGACCACUGCUAUAUUGCAGGUUCAUUGACGAUUGUUUCAUGA